GCCAGCGAAACAAAUGAUUCACAAAAUAAUCGUUGAUUUUUUGCCGGCUGUUGUUUUGAAACCCAAAUAGAUAGCGAAACAGCCAUGUCGAAUCCUGUGGAGGAGUGCAAGGAUGAGGACCUGCCCGCAAAUACGCUGGAGCAUUUCACCGAACUGCAGCAGGUGCUCGAAAUGAUCGAGAACAUCAAACCAAUUGGGGCUGCAACCUUUGAAAGGGAAUUCGAGCAAUACGCUCAGAUUUUGUCCAGAUAUCAGGAGCAACCGCAUCUGCUGGAUCCACAUUUGGAGGAGUUGCUGGGCCAACUGCUGCAGAAGAUCAGGCGCCAGGAUUUGGACACCGGAGAACGUCAUGCCGCCUUUAAGUAUCUCUAUAUCAUUUGCAAAGUUCGCACCUACAAAGUAUUGGUUAAAUUUAUGCCUCAUGAGCUAAGUGAUUUGGAGUUUGUCCUGGAUCUGCUGGGCCAGCAGGAUCCCAAGGAGUUCGAGCAGUGGGAAACACGCUAUAUACUGCUCCUGUGGAUGUCCAUUCUGGUCCUAAAUCCCUUUCACAUGUCCAGACUGGAUGCCUACGAAACAUCAACCAAUCCCACUCUGAAUUGCAGCCCAUCCAUCAAUCAUGUUCAGACCAAGACCACCAAGAUGGAACGCAUCUACGAGCUGAUCCAGUUGUAUGUGUCCAACAAUGACACCUGCAGCAGCAUGGCUGCCUAUUUGGCUGCCAAAUACUUCAUCCGUAGCGACAUUAAGGAUCUGUAUCUGGAGCGAUUCCUCGAUUGGAUCAUGGAGCAGCACCAGGCGGAUACGGUGAAUGUCAAGUUCGGGCAGCUGGCUGCAGUGGCAGCUAUUUUGAAGCACGGCAAACGGGAGGAUCUGCUACCCUAUGCGGAUAAGCUACUCCAGUGGAUCACCUCCUGUCAGUACAAGGAUGGCAACGACUUUUUGAAGUACAAGAACUAUGUGAAAAUUAUCCAGCGAUUGGGCUUGGUGCAUCUGAAGCCACGCAUCGCCAGCUGGCGAUACAAAAGGGGCACCCGAUCACUGGCCACCAAUCUAACGCAGGCUGCUGGAGCAGGAGGCGAAUCAGCUGCCCUGGAGUCACCGCCAGAGGAGGGCGAGGAGAUCCUAGUGCCCGAUGCCAUAGAAGAGGUAAUUGAGGAGCUGCUGCAAGCCCUGCGAAGUGGUGGAAAUGACAUACGCUGGAGUGCGGCCAAAGGAUUGGGCCGGGUCACCAAUCGCCUGCCCAAGGAGCUGGCCGAUGAGGUAAUCGGGUCAGUGAUUGAUAUACUCAAUCCACUGGAGCCCCACGAGGCCUGGCAUGGAGCUUGUUUGGCACUGGCGGAACUGGCCAAAAGGGGAUUGCUGCUGCCACAUCGAUUGGAGGAGCUGGUCCCGCUCCUCAUGCAAGCUCUGUUUUACGAUGAAAUGAAGGGCUACAUGUCCGUGGGCCAGCACAUCCGUGAUUCCGCCUGCUACAUGUGCUGGGCAUUUGCCAGGGCCUACAAUCCGGAUGAUGUGAAACCUUUUGUGCAAAAAAUCUCAUCGGGAUUGUUGAUUGUGGCCGUUUUCGAUCGCGAAGUGAACUGCAGACGAGCUGCCUCUGCCGCUUUCCAGGAAAGUGUUGGUCGCUUGGGCAACUUUCCCUUUGGAAUCGAAAUAUCCACCACCACGGACUUUUAUUCUGUGGGCAUUCGCCAGAAUUCCUAUCUGAAUAUUAGUGAUUAUAUUGCACAGUAUGAGGUGUACAGGGAACCUUUGAUCAAUCACCUGGUGCAGCACAAAGUAAACCAUUGGGAUCUGGCCAUAAGAGAGCUGACAGCCAAGGCUCUGCACAAGCUUUCGCUGAGAGAACCAGAGUACAUGGCCGCUGUCGUUUUGCCACAAUUGCUGGCCAAAACCGAUACCAUAGAUAUUAACUGCCGACAUGGUUGUGUAUUGGCCAUGGGAGAGAUUAUUCUGGCCCUGCGCAAACUGGAGGAAAAGAGCGAUCCUCCUGUGACUUACCUAACCAAUCAACGAAUUGUGGAGCUAAACGAACUGGUAAAGACAUUCAUAGAUAGACACUUCUAUCGCGGAAUGAGCGGUGAGCUGAUGAAGUCCUGCACCACCAACUAUAUCAAAAACUGCAGUCUGGCCAAGCUAAAGGCCACAAACGAGUGUUUGGAUUCUUGGCAAAAGGUAAUAGACUCCUGUCUGGUGACCCAAUCAAGCUCCAUUCGUGCCUCUGCGGUAGAGGCUUUUGGCGAACUCUGUGCUACUUAUUACUGCUUAGACUCCAGACACCAGGAAAACGAAGACAUCAUUAAUAGCUAUUUAAAGGGAGCCGAAAACGAUUUGGAGGAGCAUAUACGCAUGGGUUACCUAGCUGCUUUGGGUGUGCUACCAUCCUUUAUGAUUCGCCCCCAUUUGCCUGCUAUUUUGGAUAGUUUGGUUAAACAUUCGCUGACUCCAUUGCAAGCUGUUCUGGUCGGCGAAAUGGGUGGCCGCGAGAAUAUCCAGACUUACAGGUGGAGUGAGGCUAGAACGGAGAGCGUCAGGGCCUUGCUUAAAGUCGUAAAAACAGUGGGAUAUAAAGAAGGAAUCGAUUCCUUUGCCGAGCCUAAAAACUUCAACAAGGUUAUUGAAUGUCUGCUGAAAGCUUUGGAUGAAUACACCCUAGACAAUCGUGGCGAUAUUGGUGCUUGGGUGAGAGAGGCAGCUAUGUCAUCGCUUUACGAAAUCGUGACUCAGUGUCCUCCUGAAUUGCUGGCCCCCGAACAUGUCCACGAGAUUGUUGUAGGCUUUAUGCAGCAGGCUGUGGAGAAAAUAGAUCGCACUCGGGGAUUAGGCGGCCGCCUUUGUUGCCAACUGAUUCAUCAUGAGCCCAGAAUUCCGCAUAUUCGUGAGCAUACCAAACUCAUUGAGAUCUUUCCCGCGGAUGCUGAUUCCGUGCUUUGGCUAUUUGCCGAUCACACAUUCCCAUUGUUCUGUGAGCUGCUUGCUCUGCCGGAUUACUCUAAAAGAGUGCUUCUGGGUCUGAGUGCCAGCAUUGGUCAACUAACUGAAUCUCUGAUUAAAUAUGCCUCAAGUGCCUUAUUCCAAUUCUUGCGUUCCAAUCCCGAAACUGUGCCACGCCUUUGUGCCGAGGUUGUUCAGAUCUUCGAGGAGCACCUGCUCAAUGAGCGCGUUACCUAUCCCAUGCUCAGUUUCCUGGACAUACUCAUCGGAUCAGGCACUGUGGAAUCGGUGCUUCAUGACGAAGCAAAUCCGUUUGCAGAGGAUAUCUUUAGGCUGUUGAACCUGGAGGUUAAGGGCUACAAGAAGCUGUAUAAGACAGCUACCAGCAUUAGUGCCUUUUGCCAGUUACUCCAGGUUCCCCGCCUGUCCAAAAGGAUUCUCUCCAAGCUUUCAGUAUUCCUUGGACUGCAACAUGUCCAUGUGCGCAAAACCGCUGCCACAAAACUAUACGAAGCGCUGGCUCUUCACGGCGAUGUUACCGAAAUUCCCGAGGAUAAUAUGGAUGAAAUCCUGACACUGCUCUCGGAAACGGAUUGGACCAUGCCGCUGGUCGAGGUGCGCCCCCUGAGGAACCAAUUGUGCCACCUUUUCGGUAUUAAGGCUCCUGUGAGUGGAGCAGCUGCAGCAGCCGCUUUGCAACAGGCAAAUGCGGAUAAAUGAAUUCUCGGCAAUACAAGUUAAGCUUAUGCAUUUUCCCUUAUUUAUUUAAUGAUUUUGUUGCACAAAUAAACUGACUAUGCUUGAAA